AGACAGCACUCAGGGCUGGGCCUCCCCUCCACAGUGAUCCGGGAGCAAACAUGGAGCUGUGAGCUAACGAGGCUUAAAGUCAAACUCACAGAAACUAGACUUUAACACGAAGACCUGGAUGUUGGUGAGAGAGGGACUCACCGAGUCUUUGUAGGUCCCCGGUCUUUGUCGGAGUCUCUUUCCCCCCCCCGGUCCCUCUUGAGUCUCAGGACGUCAUGCUGUGACUCGGUGUCAUCCAGGUGCAGAGAUGUUACCUUCAGGCUUCAGGUCCGCUGUGAGGCUGCUGCCCCGGGGCCGCUGGAGUCCAGGAUGUGUCCGCUGUCCCUGCAGAGACAUCUCUGUGAAACCAGGAGGUCUGAAACCAAAGACGGUCCCCCCUCGGUACCUGGGUCAGCCCAGCCCCUUCACCCACCCACACCUCGUCAAACAGGGUGAGGUGACCCCCGGUCUGACCCAGACAGAGUUCGAGCUCCGCAGACACCGGCUGGCCUCGCUCAUCGAGGCGCAGGCCGACCGGCUGGGACCCUCGGCCUCCUCCGGCACUCAUGUGGUCAUCGUCCUAUCCCACCCGACCCGCUACAUGACCAACGACAUCCCGUACCACUUCCACCAAAACCAGGACUUUCUCUACCUCAGCGGCUUCCUGGAGCCCGACAGUGCCUUAGUCCUUUACGGGAAAGGACGGCCGGACCAGGCCAUCCUGUUUGCCCCCCGCAGAGACCCGGGCAGAGAGCUGUGGGACGGGCCGCGCUCAGGGAAGGACGGGGCGGCCGCUCUGACCGGCGUGGAGAGAGUCCACUGCUCGGAGGAGCUGGGUCUGGUGCUGAAGAGUCUCAGAGGCAGCACGUUGUGGUACGACAGCUCUCAGCCCGCCCACCCUGGACUCCAUCAGACUCACGUGGCUCCCGUCCUGGAGGCGGGGCCGAUGCCUCGCUCCGUCCGGCCCCUCAUCCACUCCCUGAGGGCCUUGAAGAGCUCUGCAGAGGUGGCGCUCAUGCAGGCGGCGGGUCACAUCACGGCACAGGCCUUCAGGAGGACGAUGGCUUCCUCUCGAGGAGACGUGGACGAGGCCGUGCUCUUUGCUACGUUUGAUUUUGAGAACCGGGUCCAUGGAGCUAACUUCCUGGCGUACCCACCGGUGGUCGCUGGAGGGAACCGAGCGAACACUCUGCACUACAUCAACAACAACCAGAUCAUCAAGGACGGGGAGAUGGUGCUGCUGGACGGAGGCUGUGAAUACUAUGGUUACGUCAGUGACAUCACCCGGACAUGGCCCGUGAAUGGAAAGUUCAGCCCGGCUCAGGUGGAGCUGUAUGAAGCCGUGCUGGAGGUGCAGCGCUCCUGCUUGUCUCUGUGCUCCCCGGGGGUCAGUCUGGAUCACAUCUACAGCACCAUGCUGGCUCUGUUAGGACGCCAGCUCAGACGGCUCGGCAUCGUCAAGACCAGCAGCAGUGAUACUGACGUGCUGAAGGCUGCUCGGAGGUACUGUCCUCACCACGUCGGUCACUACCUGGGCAUGGACGUCCACGACACUCCGGAGCUCUCUCGCUCUCAGCCUCUGCAGCCCGGGAUGGCCAUCACCAUCGAGCCAGGGUUGUACAUCGGCGAGGACAACGAUCAGGUCCCGGAGCGUUUCCGCGGUCUGGGCAUCAGGAUCGAGGACGACGUGGUGAUCCAGGACAAAGGAGGUCCUCUGGUCCUGUCCUCCGAAGCACCAAAGACCAUCGCUGACGUGGAGCAGGCCUGUGCCCGGAGAUAGGACAGGUGAGAGACUGACACCCAGGUGAGCCAGAGUCUCCACGCUGAUGACAUCAUCAGGUACACGAGAGGUUGAACGGACGGCGGGGGACUCUGGCGUCCAUCUCAGGAGGCUUCAAAGACUGGAACCUGAUGUGAGGACAGACUUCACUGCUCUGUACACCGUUAUCACAGAGACCGGUCCGGAUCACGUGCAGCGGGUCCAGGUGGAGCUUAGACACAGACAGAGUAACCACGAUAACCUCCUCCAUCAGACCUCCACCUGCAGGGUCAGAGGUCAACUCCCGAGACCUUCAUCUUCAUCCAUCAUGUUUCAGGAAAACACAUCGACUUAGAGAGUUCUUUGUUUGUUUGUUUGUUUGUUUGAGCUCAGAGUUUAAAUCAUGCUCACACUCUGUCCUCUAUGAAGCUCUCACAUCAAACUGCAGAUGUUGAGCAUCACUCACCAUGUGUGUGUGUGUGUGUGUAUGUGUGUGUUUGUGUGUGUGUUUGAAGUUAACUAACAUGUUCGUCUGUUUAAUAAAGGUCCUGGUAAACGUCGCUAACAGCUGUUAUCGCUUUAACGCCAGAGAGAGUGUGUGUUCUUGUUUUUGUGACUUUGUGUGUGAGCAGAUUAAAGUGAUGUCUUUUAAAUAAAGUUUGAUCCUGUUCACUCUGAAGAGUUUGAUCACACCUCCUCCAAUAACCCAUAAACUGCUGUUUGACUUUAAUCUGUGAUGACGAGGUUUUAAUAAAGGUUCCUGACUCCAAA